GGUCUAGUGCCGUUAUAAAAUAGAAACUCCUCUCUUCAAAAAUAAAAGUUUGUGAAGUCCUGAAAUUGCAAUUACUGUCGCCCUCGCCCCUGCAAAACAAAAGAGCAAAAGUAUCAGCUGAACCAAAAUUCAUUGAAUUUCAUCUCACAGUGGGAAGUUAGAUCAAGGAUCAAAAGAUGACAAUUAGAUUCGUGUUAAUGGUGAACAAACAAGGCCAAACUCGUCUAGCACAGUACUACGAGUACCUCACUAUCGACCAGCGCCGUGCUCUUGAGGGUGAAAUCGUCCGCAAGUGCCUCGCCCGUAACGAGCAACAGUGUUCAUUUGUGGAGCAUCGCAAUUACAAGAUUGUAUAUAGGCGCUAUGCAUCACUCUUUUUCUUGGUUGGAGUUGACAAUGAUGAGAAUGAGCUUGCAAUUCUGGAGUUCAUACAUUUGUUGGUAGAGACUAUGGAUCGACACUUUGGCAAUGUGUGUGAGCUGGAUAUUAUGUUCCAUCUGGAGAAAGCACAUUUCAUGUUGGAGGAAAUGGUGAUGAAUGGAUGCAUCGUCGAGACCAACAAGUCUAACAUCUUGGCCCCUAUUCAAUUGAUGGAUAAAGCAUCUUGAUUAUCUACCUUUUUAGGCAAUGUAUUGUAUAUGUUAACAUUCUUGUUUUAGUCGAAUGGACAAAUCGAGGACACCACUGUUUUUCUCUCUCUCAAUUGUAUGUUUAACAUUAAAAUUGUUACUAAGCCUAUUUUAUUUUGAAGAAUGUAAGACGAAACGUUCCUUUUUGUGGAAUCGCUGUAAUUUUGUCAUCAAUAUGAGAUAAGAUGUGAAGCCAAGUGUUCUUCUUUCAAAA